CCGUCGUCGCGUCGUCGUGCGGUGGAAGUCGAAAAGUUAAAUUUAAAAUACUUUUAGUUGGAUAAGUGCCGCGGUUUGAGUAACAACGUUUUCCGCCCUCCUCUCUGGACACACACGACAUUGAUUCGGAUUUGUUGGCUGGCAGUGCGCAGGACCUUCUGCAUUUAAAUUGCCAGAGUCAGUGCAUCGGCGCAAGUAAGGUGUGGCAAAAAGGAUCUUUUGUUUCGAUCAUUGUUCGGCUGCGGGAACGUGUGAUUUUUAUUUAGUAAGAUUUUGCUGCGAGUUACAUAAAUAAAACGGUGAUUUUUGCUUUAUUUUGCCGAAAACAAGAAGCGAUAAUUUAAGGAUUGAAAAAAUCGGGAUCUCAAAAGAUUGAAAACCAGUGUCGUGAAAUACGGCCAGAAAACAGGAAGUAGUGAAAAGUUCUUGACCGGAAAAAAAAGUUCAAGUGGGCAGAAAAAUGUGAAGAUAUAGGCAUGAAAGUAAUCAGAACGACAGUGAGCUGAGUCGAUGAAGUUGCGGCGAAGGAAUUUACAACUACAGCACUUUGUCGUUUGUGGUAACUUGCCUUCCCAGCAGUUAGUGCGUCGCCAAGGCUAGAGGUACCUAGAAGUGUGAUAUGUACAGAAAAGUUGAAUAGGAGGAUAGGAUCGCUCCGGCUGAGUGCCCACGAAGAACGAACGUCCGAGUCCCGACGACGAGUAGGCGAGCCGAGCGCGCGAGCACACAAAUCAAAGCCGUGCGCGCGCGUUGUCCCAUCGCCGUCUCGCCAGUAAAGUAACUACGUAAAAAAGGAAUCGCUGUGCUCGGGAACCGAACCGAAAAAACACGCGAUAAAUAAUAAUACACGAACGGUCAACAACAGUGUCCACAUUCACAAACGGGAUAGGCCAAGCAAAGCUCGGCUUCUUAGUGGAGAAAAUUUUGGAGAAGUGUAGUUGAAGGAGCAGUGUGGUGUGGAAAAUAAGGCCGGAGAAAAAUUAUUCAAAUUCGAAUCCAAACGCGGCCCCAGGAAAGGAGAAAAUGUAAAAUAGGACAGAACACAGUUCUGAGUCAACUAUUUUGGAGGAAACCAGCGCAAAAAAAAUAGGAAACAGUAAAGGACAUUGGCGUCAUCACGGAACGUGAUUCACAAACGUACUAUUAUCUCGUAUAGCAACCUACUCGCAUAUUAGCGAACCAUGUCGUCCCAAAGAUUCUGCCUCCGGUGGAACAACCACCAGACAAACCUGCUGUCGGUGUUCGAUCAGUUACUUCACGCCGAGACAUUCACCGAUGUGACACUGGCUGUCGAAGGACAGUCCCUAAAAGCACACAAGAUGGUCUUAUCAGCCUGCAGUCCGUACUUUCAAGCGUUAUUUGUCGAUAACCCUGAAAAACACCCGAUCGUCAUCCUGAAGGAUGUUCCUUUCAAAGACAUGAAAUGUCUGCUAGACUUUAUGUACCGCGGAGAGGUUUCUGUUGAUCAGGACCGCCUCGCCGCGUUUCUCCGAGUGGCAGAGAGUCUACGAAUAAAGGGACUCACCGAAGUCAACGACGAUAAACCUCCCCUCCCAACGGCGUCGCUAACCAGCAGCGGCUCCUUGUCAAACCAAAAUCAAUCUCAACAACAGCCGCAGAAUCAGCAGCAACAGCUGCAACAGCAGCUAGCCGCGGCCGCUAGUCGGAACGCACAACUGGCACAACUGCAACAGACACAGCAGUUACUUCACCAGAAGCAAAAAUCCAGCCAAAGCAUGCUUUUGACGAAUCCGCUGCUCGGUUCCGCACUCUCCCAGCAGAAACGAAAACGCGGCAGGCCGCGGAAGCUUUCCGGUAGCGAUACCGGCGAAGGAGAGUACGAUGGAUACGAAAGCGACAGUAUUGUGCAAGGCUCCCCGGAUUUAAUGGAGGCCAAAAUGGCAGCAGACGGCACAUCGACCUCGGGGGACGAGAACGUGAUCAGCCGCUCGGAAGACAACGACCCCGAAGACUCCAUGGACACAUCCGGCAGCCCGCCCGUUGUCAACAAUAAUAACAACCACAUCAGCAAAACCUCCAGCAACAGUCCCGCCCCUUCCGGCAAUGCAGCGGCAUCCGCAACCGCGGCCAGUGCGAACAACACGACCACCACCACCACCAACAACAACUCUUCCAGUAAUGUCAAGAGUUCGGCCAGUAGUCUGAGAAACGAAAACAGCAUGUCAGAUUCCAAAGAUUCGUUCAACGAUGAAGACGCCUGCGGACCGAUGGACGACGACGACGACGAGAACGACGAUUCCGACGAUGAGCGGGAACUAAACUCGAGCUACAUGGAACCGCAGAUGCUGCUCGACGAGUACGACGAACCCGUUGAGUUCAAGUACGAUCCGAAGUCGGACAGUGGCGCCGUCGAUUCCACAUCCAGCAGCUUUCCGCCACCGCUGCAGGCCAAACCGGGAACACCGAACAGCAAUGCCGGGGGGUCGCCGUCCGGACGCAUGCCUUUGAUCAACGUGGUUCCGACAACGUCGUUGCUUCCCAAAUUGGCACCCCUGUCAAACUCGGCUGUUGCAGCGGCUGCCGCAGCAGCUGGCUUACUUAGUCCAAAAUCUCUACCAAAGCUACACAAACGACCCCGGUUAAUGGGCAAGUCACACAACGGUAUUACCGCAACCCAGACUAUCCUGAAUAACCUUAACAACAAUCUGAAUGAAAGUAUGAUCUCGACUUCGACCAGCGGUGUGUCUGCUGGCGUGCCAAGUGGACUGCAGAUCUCCAGUGUCCUGUCCGGGCUGAACAACUCGGAAAUGUUCGAAAUGCUAUCAAGCAGCAUGAUCGGGUCGCCAACGGCCCGAUCAAACUCCAACUCGCCCUCAACCAAGGGUGACAGCGGCAACCGUGCGCACAAGUACACCGUCAUCGACGAUACAGAGGGUAGCGUGCGGGAUUUCUGUACCAAAGAAGGUGAUCACGUGUACCGGUGUAAGAUCUGCUCGCGAGUGUACACUCACAUCAGCAAUUUCUGCCGGCAUUACGUGACUUCGCACAAGCGAAACGUCAAGGUCUAUCCCUGUCCGUACUGCUUCAAGGAGUUCACCCGCAAGGACAACAUGACGGCGCAUGUGAAGAUCAUCCACAAAACCGAAUAUGCACAGACGCAGACUGGUUCGGAAGCUGCGCCCUGCACAAUGAACACCAACAGCAACAGCAGUACAAACGGAUCCACCACGCCGGUGCCUCCGAGCUCGGGUUCCUCGGGGAACAACUUUACCAGCGCAGCUAUUAUCAAUGCUGUUGCUAAUGCUGUCGGUUUGCAGCCCAAAAGCGCCGUAACGGGAGGCUCCAACUCCGGUUCCGGUAUCCGAAUAGUAUUCCCUCCGAUCGGUCAGAACGCCUCAUCGUCCGCCACCUCACCGGGAUCCACGUCCGGCCACGACGGCGGCCAAACCGGAUCCAUCAGUAUCAAGAAGGAGCUGCAGGACAAGCCAUCUCCCUCGUCGCCCGGUGCUACCUCUCCAUCGCGAUCGGUUUCAUCAAGUACGGCCACUUCGCCGAGCUCGACGACACUGGCCAAAAGCAGCGUGACAGCGACGGCCACCGUCAGCCAGUAGAGCAUGGGUGGACCGCGCACGGAGGCCUUUCGAAAUAUGUCGAAUCACAUAUUGCCUAACAUACAUACACACAACCACACAAGAAGAGGCUACUAACACUAAAGUAUCUGUCGUUCGUCUGUCCUGUAACCAAGCCUGUUUCGGUCGGAUAGCACACAAAAGGGAAGCCGAAAGAGAAAAGGGAGGUUUCGGAAGGAAGUAAGAGAAAGAGAGCUGCAAUAUUACUGUUUAUUUUAUGUUCUGUUGUUUAUUUAAUUGAUUUUUUUUUCGCUGACCGAGAUCGUUAAUCAUUCCUUCUAAAGGGUAUUUGUAAUUUUAAUGUAAUUGGAAUUGUACAGACAAUCAAAACCGCAACUAUAGAAAUGAGAAUCCCCAUCUUCUGCAAGGGGAGAAAGAGCAAAAGUAACGAGAAGUGCCUUCUCGAAAGCAACUAUUGUCCUAAAAUAUUUUAAUGUAAAGUUUUUCCCUGAUUACCUAUUACCUUGUAAUAUUUUUUUUUAUUGUUAGUAAUAAAACCCAAUCCUCUACAAUUCAUACCUACGAACACGUUCGCAUGUUGUAGACAACAACCACUUCACGCAAGUCUUCCCAUUAUAACAUACGAAGCGUAGAAAAAGCCAUCCGGAGCGACCUCCGGAAGGCCUUUUUCGACAACAGCAGAAAAUGUAGUACAAUAUCGAAAGAAAAGAUAAAAAGAAUCAAACUAUUACCAUUUUAGGGCAAGCAAAGAGCAAAACAUUUAAUUAGUUUGUAGACACUAGAAAGGAGGGGUAUUACAAAACUCUAACUGCACUAUUUGAACUAAAGAUGUUGUUGAUUAAUUUUAUCAUUCGUCGUACAUACGUCCCUUUGCCUUUUUAUUUUCUUUUUUGUUGAUAUUUCAGUUUCUGAGGCCGUUUGCGCUUUCAAUGUCGUUAUCUUCCAACUAGUUCUUUCAAUCGAUGAUGCGUGCCAAUUCGAACUUUUUUUUGUAUACUUAUUUAAACCAAUGGAUCAAUGAAAUACAGUGAACUCUUUACUCGGAUAUUGAAGAAACCAUCGAGUUAGGGAGGCAUCGAAAUAGGGAACGCAAGACAUUGGGUCGUAUGAAUAAAAAGUAGCAAAACUCAGCGCUUGUAGUAUCUACUCAAAAAUAAAGUCCACAGAGAAAACUACAUGUUUGAUAUGAAUAAAAUUUUUUCGAACUUAUGGCAUAUGCUACAUUCGAACUUAGCCUUUACUACAGUUUACUACCAUUUACUACACGGAGAAACGUCAAAACAAAAUAGCCCCAUGAUGACGAUGAUGAUUUCAUCAUUUUUUUGCGGCUAAUCAACAAAAGACAUGUCUGUUUUGUUUGUUUUCCCUAAAUUGGACUUCGAUUUUCAAGAACAAAGCCAAUUCGCUUCGAUUCUGAUGAAUAAUCUGCAUUAGAAACAUGAGUAGCAACGUCUUGAGCAGACUACAAGAAAUCAGUAGUAAACUCUUGUUUUAUUCAUACCGAAUCAGUUGUUUGUAGUAUGUUCGAAAUGUGUAGUGUAGUAAAGUCUCUUUUAUUCAUACGAACAUGUUCCACAAGUGACGUUUACUACUGAAAAUGUAGUAAAGUUGAACUUACUACUUUUUAUUCAUACGACCCAUUGUUUUUAUAAAAUAUCAAACGCAUGUCAUAGCAUGUAGAAGUAUGUAUGUAUGUUAAUAUCAGUAAACUCAUUUGACCGUUUGGCUAAACUGGUCAUGUAGCCGAAAAAUUCAUUUGGUUGAAAUACUAUUUGGCCGAAACGGUCGUUUGACAGUACAGGCCUUUUGGCCGAACAGUGGUUUGGUAAAAAAAAAGUAGUUUGGCAGAAAAUACCAUUAGGCAGAACGGGUCAUAUGACCGAAAAUAUUGUUUAGCGAAAUAAGAAGAAAGAUGUGAGAAAUCUCACUGCUCACUUCGCACUUUUUACUUUUCACUUCACACUUCUCACUUUUCACAGUGAGAAAAGAGAUUUGAUAAUUGAAGGAUGAGAACUGAGAAGUGAUAAGUCUCACUUCUUACUCCUCAUUUUUCAAUUUUCUCUUCUCGAAGUGCGAAGUAAAAAAUAACGGAAAAUGAGGAGAUAUCUCACACUCACACACUCACACGUUUCUGUCAGAUGACAUUUUUUGGCCAAACGUUUGCGGCCUAAUAACCAUUUUGACCAAAUUGAAUUCGAAUAAAUGACUUUCGACUUGACGUGUUGUAAUUCGGCCAAAUGGCUUUCGGUCGAUGAGUUUCGGCCAAAUGACGCGAGUUAGUUGAUCAAGUUUCAAAAACAACAUAGAAUUAGCGAGGAGAAAAUGCAUUGGAAUAAUUGGAAUCAAUGUCUUUUUUACACUGCAAUAAUUUUACUUCACUUGUAGCUUUUUUCAAUAAGAGAAUGCUUCAAAGUCGAAGAGAAAGUACACUUCGUACACGGCUAUUGGCCAAUAAAUAUUGGAUUAAAUAAGUGGAUUUUUAGUUCAUCAGUAGUCGUCAAGCAGCAAAAGGUACUGACUGAGGUACUCCAUAGCUUACUUAGAAAGACCGCAGUCUAUCAUACUGGAGUCGUAGUUUCGAGUUCUAUCACCAGACAGAGUAACUUCUAUCCGCCAAUAGUUUUUCUAAUCAAAUCUUUUAGUCAUAGGACAUAGUCACAUUGAAUUUCCAAACGUCGUGGAAUCAUUCUUUUUAGAUUGCUUCUUAGGGAGAUCAUCCUGUAUUGUAUUACGUUUGGCGAGACUGAAUAUUGAAUCAAACAAUAAAAAUCUGCAACGGAUACCAUCUUAAUGUUAUGAUGUCUGACUCAUAGCAAAGACAAACGGACGUAACAUUCAAUAUCGUUCUAUCGUUCACCACUUCAACGAUUUCUUCAAAUAUUCGUUGGGCGACCAAGUAACCUGCACCGCCCCUUUUAUCAUUAUUGCUCUAGUUUGACAUAAUUCAAUCAGAAAUCAAGCCUAAAUAAAAUCCUUGAUUACAAUCUAAGUUUAAAAUGACCAAAACAUGAGGAAUACUAUUUGCUGCCUAAAAGUAUCUCAGAAGCAGAGAGGAAGUGCUGAUGCAGUACAUACUUGACGACUUACGGAGUUGGGGAAGACAUUCCUUGGGUUAGGAUGUGCCUAAAGCUAAAGACAUGAUCAUGAUAGAUCUUACUCCGUAACACAUCACAUAAAGGUGUCUACCUGGAGUCAUGAAAAAAAUAUGACCGUCGUUUAGUAAUAAACAUGGCAUUACAAACAUGCAAUUAAAUUAGCGAAUUGGUCUUUUUUAUCUUUAUUAUAUAAAGUGUUUUUUCAAAUGAAAAUAAAAACACUUUAAUAAAGAUAGGCAAAAAAAUCCAAUUAACACGGAGUGAAUUGGACGUAUUAUCGUUUCGAAGGCAGCAUAACAUUUAAAUCCAUUACAAAUUCAUAGAAUUUCUACAAAUAUCAAUCGUACUUUUCGCAGCGCACGGCACUCAGAAACCAUAUAAUUAAUAAAAUUCUGUGAUUUUUCUUUAAGGCUCGAGAGAUUAUCAUUAACUUUGUUGUAAUCAUCAAAACUCAAAACCGUCAAAACUGUCAACAAAAUUUAUUCAUUGUAUUCUACUUGUCAACAAGAACGCAGUAAGCUUUUUCACAUACUGGCAAAAAUAAAUAUUCAAAAAUGAUACAAUUUAAUACAAAAUGCAUUUAUCCUGCUUAUAAGGUUUUUAAAUAGAGAAAAGUUUUAAAUAAAAACAGACAAAAUUCUAAUGUUAAAUAGUGAUAGCAUUAUGAAUACUUUCGGUUGGAGACGCUAUGGCAGAUUUGAAGUCCAAACAUAAUCUAUUCUGGACUUCUGGUAUUUCUUUCAUUACAUUUGUCUUCAUUUUAAACCCAAAAGAAGAAGUUGAUCUUAAAUGAUUGAUUUUGAGAACAAUGUUAAUGAUGGUUUCUCGAACGUUAAUAUCUGUACGUUCGUACUACAAUUUUACGUUUGUUUUGUUACACUUUGACAUGCUUGUUUAUUUCCUUAUUUUUAAAUUUCUGACCACCAUUUCCCGCCUAACUUUAUCAAAUCGAAUUGAUAGUCACCUUUCUGUAAAUCAGAAAUCAAAUAUGAGCAUUUUAAUGCCAUUUUCAACAGUUUAUCUUCCAUUCAAGUAGAUAAUCCAUAAAACUGUCGGAAAAAGUUUUGAAAAAAAAAGCAAAAGCAAACCUUAAGGCUGAGAUAAUAAGUUUUAACAGAGAAGUAAAUAAACUACAAACAAUCGUGUUAAUGGCAGAGUCUAUUUUUACAGAAAUUUUAAAUGGAAGGUACUGCGAGACGACUGUUUUGCAUAAAAUAGUUUAUAGCAAACCUAGGAUUAAGAAAUCACGAAAGUACUAGAAAGUAAUAUUUAUACACAACUUAGUUCACUAAUCAUUUGGCCGAAAGUGCACAUUCGUAUGUAGGCUGAAAUAAAAAGAUAAAAUCAAAAUAUUUAAAUCGGUUCUAGAUAAAUCGAUCAAAAUCGUGUUUUAAAUGCCCUGUUGUAAUUUUUAUCUUUUCUGUUUCCCCAACCGGUUCGAAAAAAGUGAAAAACGUGUACAUAUUUAAUAACGAUUCGUCAUCAUAGUGCUCUUAAAAUGUUUUUUUUUUCCUAAUCGAGCACUGAUCCUCACUGACACACCUCUGCACGCACUGAUCGGAUUAAUUUUAUUGAACCACCUCACACAUGCAUUCUACGCGAAACACAACCCCUACAUAUAAAACACACACCCACACCAACAACACCAUCAUGCAAAGGUAGAUAGUGCAAUUUUAAUUUUAAGGCUUUAGAGAGCAAGCACUGCAGCAGUUUUAUUUUGUUUUAUCUAUUUUUAAACAACCUGUAGAGAGACCACAAACAAUAGACAAAUAUUUGAGUAACAUCAAGUGAAAACCUCACCAGAGUGAGCAGAAAUUUGUUUUUUUAUCUCUUACAACACUGCACUCUGCACAGACAGAGCACUUCCUACCGCAUUCGUAUAGCUAAUAGCUGUUUAGCGAUAGCAAUGGAAUAUUGUUGAUUGCUGAAAGAUAAAAAAUAAAAAAAAGGACAAACGCACAAACGGCAUCCUUGUUUUUUUGUUUGGGUUUCUUCGUUUUGCACUUACCUCUGUGACUGCUAUGUAUACUAAACUGCGGUACUCCUUGUGAUCCUGCAAAGGGGAGUAAAAAAAAGGCAAAUUAGGAAGCAGGAAUGAAAUGUUAGCAAAAAACAAGCAAAAGUAAUUACUAUGUUUUUAAUUGUAGCCUAAUUAUUAAUCAUUUUUUGUAUUCUUUAUCGAAUAUACUAUGGAAAAUAUAUUUUAUCAUACUAUUAAUAUAUAAACUCACACCCACACCCCAACACAACUUAUAUAUUUAAAUGGAAAAAUCAUCGUCAAAAAGCAAAAUAAUGAUGCAAUUUUCAAUAAAGAGAAAAUGUAAAUGAAA